AUGUUUUCUAUAUUCUUACUGAUUUCCUCUCUACUUCGCGCGGCCUCUAGCCGGCCGGUCCUUGGGCUGAAAGAAUGCUGCAGAGCCCCGGCAGUGUGGUGCCAGAAUGUGAAGACGGCGUCUGACUUUGGGCCGGUGAAGCAUUGCUUGCAGACCGCUUGGAACAAGCAGACAGCGAAAUCCCUUCCCUGUGACAUAUGCAAAGACGUUGUCACCUCAGCGGGUGAUAUGCUGAAAGACAAUGCCAUCAAGGUGGAGAUCCUUGUUCACUUGGAGAAGACCUGCGACUGGCUUCCUAAACCCAACAUGUCUGCUUCAUGCAAGGAGAUAGUGGACUCCUACCUCCUGGUCAUUCUGGACAUCAUUAAAGGAGAAAUGAGCUGUCCCGGGGAGGUGUGCUCUGCUCUCAGCCUCUGCAAGUCUCUCCAGAAGCACCUGGCAGAGCUGAAUCACCAGAAGCAGCUGGAGUCCAAUAAGAGCCCAGAGCUGGACAUGAGUGAGCUGGUGGCCCCCUCCAUGGCCAGCAUCCCCCUCCUCCUCUGCCCUCAGGUUGGGCCCCACAGCAAGCCCCAGCCAAAGGUUGAUAGGGACGUUUGCCAGGACCGCAAUCAGAUGGUGACUGACAUCCAGACUGCUGUACAGACCAACUCCACCUUUGUCCAGGCCUUGGCAGAGCAUGUCAAGGAGCAGUGUGACCACUUGGGCCCUGGCAUGGCCGACACAUGCAAGAACUGUAUCAGCCAGUAUUUUGAAAUUGCCAUCCACAUGAUGCACAUGGAAUACUGCUGUUACGUUGCCUCAUCUCAACGGAUUAGUGGAAAGCAUUAUGGUCUGCACAGUGACCGUCAAUAUCCUGAUGCCGGGCGGAAGGAGAGGCCCUGGGGCCCCACACAGAGUGGAGAGAGAGGCCCCGAGUUCCCACGCUGGGUGGAGAGAGGCCCUGAGCUCUCACAGUGA